GGACCAUGCGUAGGGAGAAAAUGGUAAUAAGAGCAGAUGCUCGAUAGAGAUAAUGUGGCUUUUUUGUUGGAUUCUUGUAACCGUAUAGGCUUUUGGAUUCCAAUGGCCAUGGCUUCUAUGAAGAGCUUGGAUAGAUGGACCGUUAAUCAGCUGCAGAUAGCUUCAAAAUUCAGUGGAAAACAAACGCAAGAACCUUCUAAACAGUUGCUCCUCUCAAUACCCACUUCGAGAAGAUGUGCGAUUUUGAUAUCUUCAUUUCCUUUUAGUCUUGUUUCGCUAACUCCAUUAUCAGAGGCCAGAGAGAGACGCAACAAGAAGGUCAUCCCUCUUGAAGACUAUCUCACCUCUUCUGAUGGAUUGAAAUACUAUGAUGUGGUCGAGGGAAAGGGUCCGGCAGCUGAGAAAGGAUCAACAGUUCAGGUGCACUUUGACUGCAUCUAUAGGGGUAUAACAGCUGUGUCAAGUCGAGAAUCUAAGCUUUUGGCUGGAAAUCGUAUAAUUGCACAGCCAUAUGAAUUCAAAGUUGGAGCACCUCCAGGCAAAGAACGGAAGCGAGAAUUUGUUGACAAACCAAAUGGUCUAUUCUCUGCACAGGCAGCCCCAAAACCUCCAGCUGCGAUGUACUCAGUAACAGAAGGCAUGAAAGUAGGAGGAAAGAGGACCGUAAUCGUACCCCCCGAGGCUGGCUAUGGCCAAAAGGGAAUGAAUGAAAUCCCACCAGGAAGUACAUUUGAGCUGAACAUUGAACUUUUGCAAGUACUGCCACCUGAAGAAAAGUGAGCUCAAUUUCGGUUACAUGAAGAAUCACAUGGUAUAUGAAAUUUGUUCUUCUGUUGUGGCAAGUGCAACAUAGUAUAACGAUUUUUUUGUUUGGAAAAGCUUUUCUUUUCACCAGUCGCAUAACUUGUCAAUCAGCGAAAGUCAUCUGUUGCCAGUUCUCCCACCCAUAGUAAAAUAGUCUUUGAGAUGCUCAUUCUGAUUGACUGAUUGUUGCAGCUUCAUUAUUGUAGCUUGUGGUUAAUUUUGAGAAAUGUAAUUACAUACUCUGUGUUUUGGUUUUA